UUUUAGAGCAAAUGAUUKGAUUAGUUGUGAAAUAAACAUCAUUUGAUUGAUUCAAACAAAUCGUCUCAUAAUUGAUACGACAGUCGACUCUAUUGUCGAGACCUUGAAAUUCACCACAAAUUUUGCAGAUAAGAGACAAACAUUGAGAUAAAAACUGAGAUAAUUGUCGUCAAAUGCAAUCAUCACUCAAUCAAAUGGUCUCACGAUUGAUGACAACAACGUUAGACAACAGCCAUACAGUCAGUGAAGAUCUCGACGAUUCAGUUGAAGACAUGUCUCAUCAUAAAUACGAGUCACCGCUUUCGUCCAGAUAUGCGUCCGAAGAGAUGAACUAUAACUUCAGCGAUUUCAAGAAGUUCUCGACGUGGAGGAAGUUAUGGAUAAUACUAGCGAAGGCACAGAAAGAGCUGGGUAUUGAUAUCACCGAACAACAGAUCAAAGAGAUGGAACAAAACUGUGAGAACAUUGACUUUGAGUUUGUAGCCGAAGAAGAGAAGAAGACUCGACACGAUGUUAUGGCACAUCUCAAUGAAUUUGCCUCUAAGUGUCCCAACGCGGCUAAGAUUAUCCAUUUGGGAGCCACCAGUUGUUUCGUCGGUGACAACACUGACCUCAUUCUCAUGAGAGAUGCUUUCUCUAUAAUUCUUCCUAAAUUAAGUCGUUGUAUCCAUCGAUUGUCAAACUUUGCCCAACAGUACAACUAUUUGCCUACUCUUGGCUUCACUCACUUCCAACCGGCGCAGAUGACUACUGUUGGAAAAAGAGCCACUCUUUGGAUUUAUGACUUAAUUAUUGCAAUGAGAAAUAUGGAGAAAGCGAAGGAUAGUUUGGCCUUUAGAGGUUGUAAGGGAACCACUGGUACUCAGGCGUCGUUUCUGCAAAUAUUCAACAGCGACGAGUCUAAAGUUAAACAAUUAGAUCAGUUGGUGACCGAAAUGGCAGGAUUUAAAAAGUCUUAUCCCGUGACCGGUCAAACUUAUUCGCGAUUAGUUGACGCGGAAGUACUGACAAGUUUGUCACUUCUUGGAGCUGGAGUUCAUAAGAUAUGCACUGAUAUCCGACUGUUGGCCAAUAGGAAAGAAAUUGAAGAACCAUUUGAAAGCACACAAAUCGGUUCCUCUGCUAUGCCUUAUAAGAGAAAUCCAAUGCGAAGCGAAAGAUGUUGUUCUUUGGCCAGACAUCUCAUGACUUUAGUAACCGAUGCUCUCAAUACAGCAUCGACUCAAUGGCUCGAAAGGACUUUGGAUGACAGCGCCAAUCGUCGUAUAUCACUUCCCGAAGCAUUCUUGACCGCCGAUAUCGUAUUAAAUACCUUACAGAAUGUUACCGAAGGCAUUGUUGUUUAUCCGGCUAUUAUUAACAAACAUAUUCGAGAGGAAUUGCCAUUUAUGGCCACUGAGAACAUAAUUGUAGCUAUGGUUAAAUCUGGUGGUAAUCGACAGGUUUGUCACGAAAAGAUAAGAGUUCUGUCUCAAGAGGCCGCCGAACAGGUCAAGAGAUACGGAAAGAAUAAUGAUUUGAUUGAUCGCAUCAAAAACGAGCCAUAUUUCAGACCAAUUAAAGAUCAAAUCGAUACACUUAUGGAUCCGAAAACAUUUAUCGGUAGAGCUCCUAAUCAAGUCCUUGAGUUCAUUCAACAAGAAGUGACUCCAGUAUUACAGCCUUACAAACAAUAUCUUGAAGGACAGGCAUAUCUUAAUAUCUGAUUUUACAAACAUAUAAAAUAAUUUUAGAUUUUAAUUAUUGAGUAUAUUUUUAGACAAGAUUGAAGAAACGGAUUUAAAUGUUACCUCUAAUUAAGUGAUUAAUUAAAACAAUAAUUAUUAAAUACAUUUUUAUUGUGCU